AUUAUAUGGGUCAGAAACAUGGACUAUUAGUAAACUGAUGGAGAAAAAAAAAUGGAACCUUUUGAAAUGUAGUGCUGGCAAAGACUUGAAAGUUUCCUGAACAGAGAGAAUAUCAAAUGAGGUGCUAAGAAUGGAUAUCGGAAGAGAAUUAUUAGUAAAUGUGGGAACAGAUGAAAUACUUAGGACAUGUUAUGAGGAGAGGAAGAAUUGAAAAUUUAAGUUUGAUGGAAAGAAAAUCCCAGGUAGGAAGGCAAAAGACAGACUAAGAAAGAAGUACAUGUAUAUGGACGGGAUAAUAAGAACAAGAGAACGUUUCACGGCUUGUCUACUGCAAAUGACAGGAGACAGAUGUGGCAUUCCAUGGUCGCCAACGUCUGCAUGGAUAUGGCAGUUCGAUAGGAUAUUAUUAUUAUUAUUUCAUUUCUAUACAAAAAGGCUACUUCUCUUCAUAUUCUAUACUGAACUUUCCUUCCCUUUCCAGUCAUCAUAUAACGUCAUCCACUUGCACGUCAUCCCUCACGUGUGUCUCGGCCAUUCCGACUAAUUCGAAAUGCCAUUCACUGAAUUCCUUACACGCAUCCUCGAAUUUCCUAAUGCCCCAUCCUCUCACAUUCGCACAUCCAGAAUUCAUACAUUUUCUCGCCUGGUAGGUGUCUCCUCUUUCUUUCACAUUCACAUACCCUAUCCUUAUAGGUUUUCUUUCAUCAUGUGUCAAUGUGCCCUGCCUACUAUCUGCUGCCUGAUAUUGUGUAGUCUCUUUGUUAUCCUGCUGAUCCAUUCUAGAAACCUGCCGCACAUAACUCUCUCCGCCACACUGAAAACGGCGGCAGUGAUGCCCGUUGUAAACAAGCAUCUCUGAGUCUCGUCUUUCGUCGUCGCCCGGAAGCCGAAGGUGUCUGCAAGGAACCACGUGGCUGUUGGUGCAGCGCCACUUGCAUCCACAGCUGGUGGCAAGUUGGGCACUCUAUAGCUACGGGCAGAACACCAUGUGCUCUGAAAAACUCCUGAGCAGCAUCAUUAUUUUCAAAUUGAUGUGCUAUGUAUGAAAAAUAAUUGUCCCCACAACCAGGAAAAACCACCAUGUUGGUGAAUACCGAAAGAGGGCAGAGACUGAUCUUGCCAAGACCAAAAGGUACUUCAUGGCAGGGCUCUCAGGGGCCAGCUCCUCCUUUCCCAGCCACUUACCUGCUUCCAGCCACCUUAUAACAGGGGUGUGACAAUGGCUGAUGGGUUGCUCUCUCUGUCCUGGAACAACCACAGUGCCACAUUCUGCCAUGCCCUGUCCUCACUCAGAGCCAAGGACAGAUAUGCAGAUGUAACUCUGAGUUGUGAAGGCAAGUUCUAUGCAGUUCACAAAUUGGUGCUGUCAACGUGUAGUGAAUACUUUGACAACAUUUUUGAACAGACUCCAUGCAAACAUCCCAUUAUAGUGCUAGCCAACAUUCAGCAGGCUGAAUUAGAAGCAAUUCUAAGUUACAUGUAUGAUGGAACAGUGACGGUAUCUCAGUCAAACCUUCCAAGACUAAUUAAAGUGGCUGAACUCUUGCAAAUCAAAGGUCUUGCUGUACCGGAUGAACCUCCAAAGAGCAGUAGUGCACCUCAUCACAGAAGACAGUCACAGGACUCCAGUAGUGGGAAGAACAGUCCAUCUCCAAGGACCAAGUUGAAUAAUUCUAGUGAAAUUAGUGAAGAUCCUCUGCCCAAACGAAUAAGAAGAGAAUCUGACUUCACACAAGUUGACCCUCUGGAAAGUCCUGCAAGUGUAUCCAAUUCUCAGCAUCAGGAGGAUUCAGUAGAGUUUACACUUGAGGAAAAAUAUGAUCCAGGCUCAGAAACUAUAGCAGAGGCAGAGUUGGAAUCACAGACUUUGGUAUCUUCACAGGAUUCCAACUGUGGAGAUUACAUAAAGAAAGAAGUGACAGAGCCACCAGAAGACAGUGAGUCAAGUGUUGCAGAUCCUGGAGUGACUUAUAUUGAGAGGGGAUUGUCUGAUGUUUCUGGAGGUGACUCACUGGAAGCCUUAAAACACACACAGCCUCCUGGUCUACAGUCACUCCUCAGACAGGAAUCAUAUUCUGAGGAAAUUAACACAACAGUGGCUGGACCUUCAGGCAUGCAAACUUGGUUUGGUAGUGAGCCUCUGAGUGCCCUACCUGCAUCAAAGACAAACCUAGCAUCAGAUAACCAGUUCUUUGGUUUCACCUCACCUCAGCCAACGCAGAAACGGACACGCUGGAGGAACACCACUUCUCACACUCUCAAAGAGAGACAGGUGGAGUCAAAGAGAGCUCCGGUUAGCCGUGGUAGGAGUGGAGGCUCAGCAAAGACUCAUCAGUGCUCUUACUGUUUAUAUUCCACAUCCAAGAAAAUUAAUCUUAUAAACCACACACGUGUUCACACUGGAGAGAAACCAUUUGUGUGUACAUUGUGCUCAGCUGCAUUUACUCAGAAAGGAAACUUGAAAUCACACAUUCGCACUCACACAGGAGAGAAACCCUUCGCCUGUACUCACUGCACUUACCGAGCAGCCCAGAGGAACACUUUAGUGGUGGUGAAUGGGAACAACCUGAAGGAGACCUCACAGGGAAACACUGAGACCCCACAGAAUGCCACCAACACUACUGGACAAGAAAACAUAUACCAGUGCCCAUACUGCCCUCUCCAGUUACUAGAAAGUUACUACAAGGAUCACGUGGAAGCUCAUAACACCGAAAAACCCUUUUGCUGUGAAUAUUGUCUCUUUCGCACAUCCCAGAAAGCCUCUCUUAAAGCUCAUCUGAGAACACACACUGGGGAGAAGCCUUACUCCUGUCACCUUUGUCCUUUGAGUUUUAGUGUUAAAUGUAAUCUUAAGACUCACAUUCGUACUCAUACUGGAGAAAAACCAUUUGUAUGUCCUCAUUGUCCAUAUCGCUGUGCCCACAAGAGUGAUUUGAAUAAACAUGUUGUCAGACAUUGGUCAUAGCCAGCACCAACAUGCAGCAUACAAUUGGACAUCAAAUAAGUGUAAUGAAAUCACUAUAAAUAAUGAAUAAUAAUCAUUAUCAUCAUCAUCAUCUUCAUAUCAUCCUCAUCACCACCACCACCACCACCACCACCACCACCACCACCAUCAUCAUCAUCAUCAUCAUCAUCAUCAUCAUCAUCAUCAUCAUCAUCAUCAUCACCACCACCACCACCACCACCACCACCACCACCACCACCACCACCACCACCACCACCACCCUACAUGGUUCCACAGUGAGACAAAGUCCUUCUCUGGUGGUAAGGGGCAAUAAGCAUGUAGUACCACACAUGCAGGGUUUCCAGACUGCAAGUCAUAACUCUUCAACAUAUCUAUUCAUUACUAGGAGAAGAAGGAUUGUCGCAUGAAAGGAGAAAAGUCCAAAUUGUCUCUACCUGGCUAAGGAUUCCAAUAUGGGAUCCCUUGGUUGAGAGACAAGAUUACACCACUGGGCAACUCUUGAAUGAUGAAUCUCUUCCAAGGUGCUUAAAUCAUAAUCUUUACUCAUGCAUAUGCGAUAUAGCAAAAAUUAACAGCUUUAUCUUCAUAUUGCUGUUAGUUUCUAAAUUGGGAUAUACAGUGGAUAUUCCCUCUUAACCAACAGUGCCCCAUCUAUGAGGAAAAGAGGACAAGUUCUUUACAGAUAAGAAUCUUGUCAUUGAUGCCAGAAAACUGACUGUUGAACUUUCAUUAAUUCUUUAAUGCAGAAGAACAAAAAGUGUGUGUGUGUGUGUGUGUGUGUGUGUGUGUGUGUGUGUGUGUGUGUAAUAUAGUGUUCAUCCAUUGAGAAAUACUUUGUAUGUAUAUAUAGUUGUGUUUUUAUGUAUACACAAAUAUUUAUUAAUUUGCUUUAUUUAGUUAUUAUUUUCAUGCACAUAUUUAAACAAAUUUUACUGUAGUUAGGGUUACACGAAAAUUCAGUGCAGAAAUUGUUUCAUUACUGAUAAAAUUAGAAACCCUAAACAUUCCCUAAAUCUAGUCAGGCUUAUAGGAGCAGAGUAACUGGAGUGUGCAAUGUUCUCUCAUUUACUAUGUAUUCAGUACAUGCUGUGUUUUAAAAAUAUGUUGUGGAAGUUUACAGUGAAGAUAAAGAUGAAUAAGACUGGUAGUUGUAUUCACAAAAACACAUUUUGACUGCAUAAGACCAAUAAAUGUUGGUAUGAAUAUAAACAUGGAAGUAGUAAACAACAAGCAUUUGAUGUGUAACCUCAGCUAAAGAAACGCAGGACAGUAUUAAAGCUAUAAUAAUCAUGAUAACUGUGUCAUUGUUUGAAGAUGACAAAAAAUUACCAAGUUGUAUGAGUACAUAAGGCCAUAAGUGUAGACCAACUAGGUAAUGAUGAUGUCACCUUUAGCUGGAUUAAUUGAGUUUUGUAUUUUUCAAGAAAGAGGCCUCAGGUUCAGUCUUCUUGAUGUAAAAUCAAUUUAAUGAAACCCCUUUUUCUAAUUCAUUUUGCUGCAGUUUCUGAAGUGUGAUGCUAUUGUAAUGAGUGAAAUAAAGAUGCUGAGGUAUGUGAUGUUGCAUGGUUUCCUGAAAGGAAAUGCCAUGACCCUGAAGUUACAUGUACAAAUGCCAUGGUCCCCUAGUUGCAUGUAGUACAUGUAUAUAGUUGGUGUGAAGGAGAAAUUACUAACUCCACAAAAUAAAUCUCAGGAAAUUACAG